AUGUCCAAAAGCGUCCCGGCCACCACCGUCUCGGCACCCGAGCCCCGUCGCCGGACAUGGUACCACACGACGCUAUUCAACGCCUUUGUAAUAGGCGGCGUCGGGUUCUUAGCACCGGGUCUGUGGAAUGCCAUGAACUCUCUAGGCGCCGGCGGCGCACAGGAGCCGUACCUGGUCAACGCGGCCAAUGCUCUCGUGUUUGCCAUCAUGGGCUUCCUCUGCCUAUUUGGCGCCCCCAUUGCCAACCGCAUCGGCCUCCAUUGGACGCUGUUCCUAGGUGCAAUCGGCUAUCCCAUCUACUCGGCGGGCCUGUACUGCAAUAACCGGUACGGCAAUGUUUGGCUCGUCCUCGUGGGGGCCGUCACCUGCGGAUUCAGCGCCGGUUUGUUCUGGGCCAGUGAAGGUGCCGUGGCUUUGGGGUACCCAGAGCCGGGCAAGCGUGGCCGAUAUAUGAACAUCUGGCUGCUUUUCCGCACCGGUGGCCCCCUGCUUGGUGGCGCCAUUGUUCUCGGGCUCAACCAUUCUGCAGGCCAAAAAGCCAAGGGGAAAGUCGGGUCCGAGACGUACCUCGUCUUUGUGGCGCUGCAGUGCAUCGCCGCGCCGCUGGCCCUGGCUCUCUCGCCCCCCGACAAGGUCGAGAGGGCCGACGGCAGCCGCGUCGUCAUCAAGGCGGAAAAGUCAUUCAGGGCCGAGUUCCAGGCCCUGUGGCAGACGAGCAAGCGCAAGGAUAUCCUCUUGCUUUUGCCCAUCUUUUGGGCGGCGUAUUUUAACCAGUACAAUGGCAACUUUCAGACUUAUUACUUUGGAGUCCGCGCGCGAGCCCUGAUUGGCCUGGUGAUCAACUUUGGCACGCUGCUGUCGUCGCAGCUAAUCAGCACCCUGCUCGACUACAAGGGCUUGGCAGUCAAGAAGCGUAUCGUCUACGGUUUCUGGUACGUUGUGCUGUUGCACAUUGUCGCUUGGGUCUACGCCUGGGUCGUCCAGGAAAAGUACACGGCCAACCCGCCCGCCUAUGACUGGGAGGACAAGGGAUUCGUCGAGGGUUUCUUUGUUCUGCUCCUGUGGGACUUUUCCCGGCAGGCCCUGCAGAACUGGCUAUACUACCUGGUCGCGACCAAGACGGAUAACAUUUCCGAGCUGACUCGAUUCUCUGGCAUCCUGAGAGGUCAAGAGAGUUUUGGCCAAGCCGUCAGCUAUGGCUUGAACACACGAAAGUGGGUUGGAGGUCGUGUCCCUCUGGCUGUGAAUACUAUUUUGCUUGGCCUGGCAGCUAUUCCCACAUGGUUGGUGGUUCGUGACCAUGUCCCAGUUGAGACAACUGAGGCUGAGCCAGAGGAAGUGCCAGGAGCCAAGGGUCCAGAAAUUAUCGUAUAA